AUGAUGUGGGAAAAUGAGGAUCCAACAGUUGUCAGAACUGAGCUGCCAAGUGCAGCACUUCUAUCUGCCCUAGUUCAGAGCAUGGUGGAUGCUAUCUUCUUCCAAGGGGACCUUCGUGAGACUUGGGGAGAAGAAGCACUCAGAUGGGCUAUGGAGUGCACAUCAAAACACCUUGCCUGUCGUUCACAUCAGAUCUACCGAGCACUUCGACCUAGUGUAACAAGUGAUGCUUGUGUAUCCCUUCUUCGGUGUCUCCAUAGAUGCCUAGGAAAUCCAGUACCCCAAGUUUUAGGAUUUGUUAUGGAAAUUUUAAUGACAAUGCAAGUUAUGGUAGAGAAUAUGGAGCCAGAGAAGGUGAUACUCUAUCCUCAGCUAUUUUGGGGGUGUGUUGCUAUGAUGCACACAGAUUUUGUCCAUGUCUACCGCCAGGUUCUCGAGCUCUUCUCUCAAGUGAUUGACCGUUUAUCAUUCCGUGAUCGCACAACAGAAAAUGUGCUCCUUUCAAGCAUGCCUAGGGAUGAACUUGACACCAGUUAUAUAGGAGAAUUUCAACGCACAGAAUCUAAAAGUGGCUAUGAACCCUUACAAGAGGGGAGUUUGCCAGUAUUUGAAGGGGUGCAGCCUCUUGUUCUUAAAGGACUUAUGUCGAAUGUUAGUCACAGUGUCUCUAUUGAUGUCCUCUCCCGUAUCACAGUGCAUUCUUGUGAUUCUAUAUUUGGUGAUGCUGAGACAAGACUGCUGAUGCACAUUAUAGGGUUACUCCCUUGGCUCUGUCUUCAACUCAGCAAAGACCCAGUGAUAGGUCCUGUUUCUCCACUCCAACAUCAAUAUCAAAAGGCUUGCUCUGUUGCUGCCAAUAUUGCAGUUUGGUGCCGAGCAAAAUCCUUGGAUGAAUUAGCUACUGUAUUUAUGAUUUAUUCGCGAGGUGAGAUCAAGAGCAUCGACAUUUUUCUAGCAUGUGUUUCACCACUGCUAUGCAAUGAAUGGUUUCCAAAACACUCGACUUUGGCAUUUGGGCACUUGUUAAAGCUACUAGAAAAGGGACCGGUUGAGUAUCAACGCGUCAUUCUACUCAUGCUUAAAGCUCUCCUCCAACACACUCCAAUGGAUGCUGCCCAAAGUCCACACAUCUAUGCAAUUGUAUCCCAAUUGGUGGAAAGUACUUUAUGUUGGGAGGCUUUAAGUGUGUUAGAAGCCCUUCUACAAAGUUGCAGUUCAUUGACUGGUUCUCACUCACAUGAUAUUGUAUCAUUUGAAAAUGGAAUCAGUGGAACUGAAGAAAAGUUCCUUGCUCCACAGACCUCAUUCAAGGCUCGCAGUGGCCCCUUGCAAUAUGGUAUGAGUUCAGCAUUGGUCCCAGUUUCUACACCAGGACAGGGUGUGUCAAAUGAGUCGCAGAGAGAGGUAACUUUGCAGAAUACUCGUCUGUUUCUUGGUCGGGUGUUAGACAGAAGUGCACUAGGCAAGAGAAAAGACCAGAAGAAGUUAGUCCCUUUUGUUGCUAAUAUCGGUAACCCAUGA